AUUCUUACAGACAUUCCAUAUAAAUGUUGUAUGAUCUUUGGGUUAUUCUCUCUUUAAUUGCAUCACUAGGAGUUGCAGAAGGGAUAUCAGUGUGUUAGCACUUGGAAGAUAUCACAGACUAACUUUUAAUAUUGACAGUGCCCAGAGGUAUUUUGAGUGGAAGAACACACUUGCAAUUCUGGCCAAAUUCCCAGUAAAAUUUGCACAGCUGCCCAAAAUGUUGCCUUUUUUUUUUUUUUCUGUACAAAAUCUCACAUAAUUUUCAUAAACCAAAUUCAUUACAUUAUAUUUUACAUCCUGAAUUGGAAACUGUGACAAUAAGCAUGUCAUCAGCUACUUGAAAUGGAAUUGAUUUAGGAUACCAAAAUAAGGGGCACUGUCUGAAAGUUUUGACUGUCUUUUUUUCAUCAGACUUCUUCCUAUGCUUGUCUUUUCUGUUUGAUUGGUUUCCCCUUUAUGUUUACUCUUAUGUUCCACUGCACUUUAUAAAGAUAGAAAGGGCUGAUAAAAAGAUUAUGAGGUGUUCUAGUGCUGUUCUGUCUAAACUUGAUUCAGGGAUAUGAAAUACACAUCAUAGGAAGCCUGCAUUUUUCCCAGGGGGAAUCUCUGUAUAGUAAAGAAUACAUAUUCUGUAGCAUUUGAAAUUCUCAUUGUGCCUCCUGUAUUAUUGCUCUUCCCAUCUCCAGUUCUCUGGAUAUUUUCAGUUUUGCAUAUAUACAAGAAAUACUAGAAAUAAUAAUGACAAAUAAUGACAAAAUUUUACUUAAUUUUCUAAUAUAAGCCAGAAAGGAAUUUUCUGUCUUGCAACAGUUUCUGAAUGAGUUCAUAGCAUGCCUGCAUUCACCCAAUACAGUGCACAGUCUGAUUUACCACUCCUUCAUUACCAUCUUUCUGAGUCAGACUUUCCAUGAAAGACUGCCUGUUUAUAAUUGUUGUUUGUUUGCAGUAACUUAAAAUAGCAUACCACUAGGACUCUAAGCAUGUGCUAUUAACCUGAUUUUACUGACAAUCCAAGCACAGGAGGUUAAGGAAAGAAAUGUUGAAAUACAAGGAGUAGUUCUGACAUUGCCUAUGGUUACUUCAAACACUUUGCUUCAGGUUUUCAUGUUUGAAAUGACAUUAACAAUUUCUAGGUGCAAAUCUAGCUUUCAGCAUUAGGGUUCAUUGACUGGUAUUUAUUCCAUGGUUUGGAAAAGUAUUUUUCUGAAUAUAUGUAUAAAUUAUCUCCUGGGGUACCCAUGAGACUUAUGUGACAAUGAACUAUGUAACGUCAGAAUCACUGUGAUUUUAUGCACUUCUUUACAGGUAUCUUCUCCAAGUAUGGGAUUUGUAUGGAAACGAUGGUGGUAUCUUCAGCUGGGCUGUAUAUUGAUAAUGAAUUUGGUUUAUGCCAAUCUAGAGUAUCAAAAAGAAACUCCUCCAAGCCUGCGUGAGAUUGACCAUCAGUGCUGGGAGGCCUCAUCCCAUGGGCUGGUGGAAAUGAAGAAACUCAAGGUAGCAGAUACAGUCAUUGCUCUCUGGGACUUCAUGAUGUUCCUAAAGGAAUCCCCUAAGCCCAAGCACAAUGAACUCUUCAAUGAUUUAGCCCAGAACUUCUGGGAUAUGUAUGUGGACUGUGUGCUCUCAAGAUCCCAUGGAAUGGGCAGAAGACAAUUAACAUCUCCCAAAUAUUCUUCCACAUACUCACACAGAACUUUAGAAGGGUCUGCUUUCACCAAUCCAUUUUAGGCCAAAAGGGGAGAAGAUGAAGAUACUUAAACAAGGCAACAUCAAAAUGAAGGAGCACAAAAUCACAAUAUAUAUUGUAGGUGUUUGGACAAAUUCUUUGGCAUAGUUCAAUCUCUUUUUAUUUUUCUUUCUUUUUGUAUAAAGUACUAAAUCGCUCCUAAACUGAAAAGUACAUGAACCUCCAGACUGGCACUUUUGCUUUCCUGUCUUGCAGUCUACCAAGCUUGCCUUUUCCUCACUGCAUGUGUGAAUGUGUUUGGAGUCAGCACCUCUGCUUUCCCAUGUAAACGUUAAAGUCUGGAUGU